GCAUAUCCGCAGUGACCCAGUUGAAGCGCCCAAAUCCGGGGAAGUGUUUCCUGUAGCUGGCGCUGUGAUUGGAGCGUUCAGUUCCGGAGCUCGUGCAGGGGGGUGGUGGCGGCGCUCACAUCUGGGGGAGGGAGACGGAGAGCAAGCAGACGGAGCGGCGCAUGGUGAAGCCCGCACGGGAGAACGAGGCGGCCAGUAUAGACCCCCCCUCCCCCCCCCGCUGGAUGCUGCCAAAGGCUCUGUGAUGAACUGACCCUCCAUGAUGGGCAGACGGCAUUCUGGGAGUUCCUACGCCAUCGAGACUUCUGUGGACCCCUCAUCAGCCAUGAUGUCAUUGGACGUGGCCAAUCGCAAUGGCCCGCUGGCCACGCCGCCCAGCUCCCUCAGCUUACGCUCCUCACACAACCAGCUGCUCAGCUGUGACGUCCUCAAGCAGGGCUCGGCCACGCUCCCCAAGUGUCGCAUGAAGUACGCGCUGACCAGCCUCCAGAGUGCCAUGGGUCUGGGCGAGGCUCCGCCCACAGGCACCGAGGCACCGCCCGCCUCCAGCACCUCCUCCAAUCCCAAGCUGGCCAAGAACGGGGCCAACCAGAUGCGCAAGGCCGCUGAGCAGCAGGACUGCAACAAGAACGUCGACAACGGGAAUGGCGCCGAGGAUACCGCCGUCAUCUCUGAGGGCAAGGAGAACCGGGCCCCGCCCAGGAGGUCCAAGAGCUUUCUGGAGUACUACGGAGACGACCACGCCGGCCAGGAGUAUAACGCCAACGCGCCCCAAAGCCGACAUGAGCUUCCUACACCCCCCAAGCAGUCCAGCCCCGAGGAUGUCACCCUGUUGUCGGAGGCCUCCUCUUCGUCUUCCUCGUCUUCCGCCUCCGAAACCAAGAAGGACCGGCCCCGGACGGGGGCCAAGACAGACUGUGCCCUCAACCGCAUCCAGAACCUGGCACCGAGCGACGAGGACUCAAGCUGGACCACACUGUCCCAGGACAGCGCCUCCCUCAGCUCCCCAGAGGAAGCAGAUAUCUGGAGUGACCAGUCCUACCAGACGGACCCGGACCUGCCACCAGGAUGGAAGAAAAUAACAGACAUGGCGGGUAUCUACUACUGGCACAUCCCGACAGGCACCACGCAGUGGGAGCACCCGGCCUCCGGGCACAACGGCGCCGCCCUGCAGGACGCUCACAAGCCACCCAGGGGUUCGCUGACACCGUCCCCCACCCCUGAGAACGAGGUGCUCGCUGAGGCUGACGUGUUCUUCGAGGCGCCUCAGGCUACAGGGGGCGCUGUCUCCGGCAGCUCGGAGGAGCUCGUGGAGCUGCCCGCCGCCGACGUGUCCAUCCCCUCCUGCGGCUUUGUCAAUAGCUGCUAUUUCCCUCGGACCUCAUCGCUGCAGGUCACGGAGGAGCAGGAAGGCCACGCGGACCUUCCACUGGAGCAUGAUGGGAAGAAACUGCCGUGGAGUGAUUUCGCGGUGCUGAGUGGGGGAAAGAUUGAUAGUGAGGUUUGGAAGGACCUGCAGGAGGCGAUGGUGAACCCUGACCCCAGCCUGAAGGAGUUUGAGGGAGCCACCCUGCGCUACGCCUCCCUGAAGCUGAGAAGCCCCCCGCAGGCCGACGAGGAGCCCAGAAGCAGCACCCACAGUGAGCCGGGGGCCAAGUGCUUCGCUGUGCGCUCCCUGGGCUGGGUGGAGAUGGCCGAAGACGAUCUGGCGCCGGGCAAGAGCAGCGUGGCCGUCAACAACUGCAUCCGGCAGCUGUCCUACUGCAAGAAUGACAUUCGGGACACCGUGGGCAUCUGGGGGGAGGGUAAGGACAUGUACUUGACCCUGGAGAACAACUUGCUGAACCUGGUGGACCCCUUGGACCGCAGCACCCUGCAUGCCCAGCUCAUCGCCAGCAUCCGCGUCUGGGGCGUGGGCCGCGACAACGGCAGAGAGAGGGACUUCGCCUACGUAGCCAGGGACAGAGACACCCGCAUUCUAAAAUGUCAUGUGUUCCGAUGUGACACCCCAGCCAAAGCCAUCGCCACCAGUCUUCACGAAAUCUGCUCCAAGAUUAUGACCGAACGCAAGAACGCCAAGGCAGCCACAGGCAGCUCUGCUCUGGACAGGAUGCAGGCAACAGCCGACGUCCCCCUGCAAGCAGAGUUUCCCACCCCAAAGACUGAGCUGGUGCAGAAGUUCCACGUGCUCUACCUGGGCAUGCUGCCCGUGGCCAGGCCCAUCGGGAUGGACAUCCUCAACGGGGCCAUAGACGGGCUCCUGGGCUCCUCCGUAAGAGACGACUGGACGCCGGUCAUGCUGAACGUGGCCGAUGCUACUGUCACCGUCAUCAAAGAGAAGGAGGAGGAAGAGGAGGUGCUUGUGGAGUGCCGUGUACGCUUCCUGUCCUUCAUGGGCGUGGGCCGUGACGUGCACACCUUUGCCUUCAUCAUGGACUCGGGGAACCAGCAUUUCGAGUGCCACGUGUUCUGGUGUGACCCCAACGCGGGGAACGUGUCGGAGGCGGUGCAGGCGGCGUGCAUGCUGCGGUACCACAAGUGCUUGGUGGCCCGGCCUCCUUCACAGAAGGCCUGCUCAGCAUCGCCCCCUACAGACUCGGUGACGCGGCGCGUGUCCACGAGCGUGAAGAGGGGGGUGCUGUCACUCAUUGACACUCUGAAACAGAAGAGGCCCAUCCAGGAGCUGCCACAGUAGCGGCGAAAUCAGCGAUAAUGAGCACGACAAUAAUAAUAAUAAUAAUAAUAAUAAUAAUAAUUAAUACAAUAAUAAUGUAAAUACCUGCAGUGCAUUACACUAAAGUGCAAGAUGAAUAAGUAAAAAGUACAAAUAAACAAAAAACAAAAAAAAACUUAACGGCAACAAGCAACUGAAGAAGCGACCUGUGGAAGGCGAAAGGCAGAGCCAGCAACACGCGCCAGUGCUGUGACACCACGCCUGCCCCCACGGCCCCCGCCACCGUGUCCCCCCCAGCCCUGCGUCCUCCCCGGAGCAUGCCUGUGUCACGUGACCACGCCUUCGCUAUGCAGCCCAUGCGAGUCGGCUACACUCGACGUGUGUACACGUCCGCAGCUUUACGGACACGCCAGCACCGCACGGCGUCUUCCGGGCCCGCCCCUGGAUCAACGUUCUGGAUUUUUCCGAAUCCCUUCCCACACGAUGGUCUACUGUGCCAUAUUGCUGUUGGUCUAAGAGGAGUCCCUGUCUUCACGUAGACCCAGCCGUUCCUGAAUCCCUUGACCCCCUCCUCUGUCGCUAUGGAAACACCGAUAUUCCAGCUUGCCGUUUCCCCUCCGCGUCCUUGGCUCUGUCCCCCCCCUUCUCCAUUGACCCAGAUGGUUUGGUCCUCAUGAAUAUUACCAAUAUCUGUCAAAAAAAUGUGCAUGUGAAAGAUGGAAAGGCCCGCAAUGGUGUGGACAGCGGUCAACCGUGGAUUCGCUCCGGUCCCCGGUCUGGCAACAGCACAAACAAUGGCCCCGCACUGGAGGGACCUGCAGAGACGCCAUGGGGACAGCAGGGGGCGGCGUUCCGGUGUUCCACCCAUCACACGCCACUGGGAGAUGAGUAACACCCAGACGGGUCACUGGACAGAUGAAUGAAUGUUUCAUACAUAUUUAAGUUUGUAUUAUGUACAUGUAUCAGUUUUCUUUUCCUGAUUUCUUUGCACACCUGAUGUCAGUGAGCUUUGCUGCUGUCAUAUUGGGCGGCUGUGGUCCAUACCAGUUUUUUUUUUGGGGGGGGGAGGUGGUCUUGAUCAGAUCUUUCAGGUAUGGUAUCAGUGCAGGAGGUUUGGCGCUGUGGGUGGGAUGUCCGUCUGAAAACCAAAUGGGGAAGAAGAAAGGAACCGAAUAUUGGCUCUCACUCCCCCGUGUCUGUCGCCUGCACAUGCCCAGACGUCCCCCCCACCCCCCAUUUGCGUUGAACCAGCCAUGAAGCCUUCUGUCCCAGGGGGGGUGAAAAACGCAGAAGUGAUGUGAGUCAUUCACUUGUGUACAUAUAUAUAUAUAACAUUUUGCAUGUAUUUAUCUCUUUAUAUGCAAUUUUUUUUUCAAUUCUUUAUUUUUUAUUAUUUUUUUUUCUGUUAUCGAAAGACAUUGUCUCUUAUGGCCAAAGUGUAAAGUCUAAAGUAUGUGGUGUAGAUAGUCAAAAAUGACAGGGGGAAAAAACUGAUGCUAAUUAUUUUAUUUUAAUGUCUUUAGGCCAAUUCGUUGUUGUAAAAUUCGAUGUUCCCAAGCAUUAUCUAUGCAUUGUAUUGAUCUAGCAGUUUUCAAAUCAGACACUUUGCCUUGCAUGUCUUGGGACAACUUAAGGAUAAUAUGUACUUAACAGAUACUUUUAUUUUAUUUAUUCUUUUUUAUAUUGGAGUAUAAUGGUUUUAUUUUGUUGGGCAGCUGGUCCCGUUUCGUCGUACACUUAGUCUCUCUCAGAAUAGUCAAUCGACACUGAUGAGCCAUGCGAUGUUUCGAUAGCUAAUAGCACAACUCCUGCAGCAGAUUGGAAAGAUCCCAGUAUCCCCAGUAACAGGGCAGAGGUCAAAUGGCGUGAGGACCACCGCGUCCAGAACGCGUCACGGUAUGUGUCGUUUUGGACCAGCAGACGUACGCCGGUCUUUUUACUGUAAAACGUUAUCUUCUCUGCACCAAAAUACAGAUAGAAGGAUGUUCACAUUAAUGAUGAGGGCAUUAGAGUGUGUAAUAGGCUUGGGGGGUAUCUCAUUUUUCAUACCGUCAUUCCGUCCAGACAUUAUACCGUGGUAUAUGGUAUUUUGGUGGUAUUUUCAAAAGAAAUGCUACCCUGGUAUUUUGACAUCUUGGUGGAUUCACUGGGGGGGAGGGGGCGCGUUAUUCCCCAAGAUAAAUUUCACUGAACAAAUAUACCUAAAAUUCGCCAGUAUAGCGUAUUACUGUAAAUACCUCCCAGGUCUAGUGUAUACUGGGGUGGGGGAGGGGUGUGCUUCAGUCAGGCUGGCGUGAGGGUGAGAUGGAGUUGUCGGGUGUCUUUCCUUCUUUAAGGUGUAGAAAACCAGACUAAACCUGAAAUCUGGAUUUAGUGUCCAGUUCACUUAAACUGCACGUCGUGUUAUUAUUUUUGUGAACAAACACAUGAAGACAGACUUCUUUCAGCCUCUCCCAUUUACUGUAGCCUUCAAAAGGGAUCUUUUCAUAGUCACAUCAAGUGAGGAAUUAAUUGCGGCCAAGGUUGCAUGGUCAUAGUGAUGUCUGUACAUUGUUUUCAGACUAACAAGGAAGUGUGGUCUAGCAGGAUACCCUGCAGCGGAGCUGAACGACAUUAACUGAAGGUGAAUUGCAGAAUAAUAGUUUGAGGAGGACAUUAGAUUUUAGACGUGUGAAAUGCUGCACCCACCACACUUCGUGUCAGCUUAUUCCAGCCCAGAAGACACCAAGAUGUAUCCCAUCACGAAUGUCUAACGCAGCUAACUAACAGCGCCGAGGAGACCAAACUCACCUUUAAACACACUUCGGGAAAAAAAGCUUCUGGUGUUACAGGAUUUACACCGUAUUCAUGUAAUCUGUCGUGAGAAUAACCUGCAUAUUAAAAUCUGACACUGUCUCCA